AUGAGCACUUCCCCUCUAUUGGGCGUCGAGGCGCUGUUGUUCGACGUGUUUGGGACGGUCGUCGAUUGGCAAGGAUCGGUGCAUCGACAGUUGCAAGAACGCGUCAAGCAGGACGAGAUAGGUGAGUCGAUGUGAAGCUUCUUUUUCACAACGACCGGAGAGCGUCGGGGUCGCUAAUGUGCUGCAGCAAUGCCUGGGCAGAGCUCGGCUCCAUCGACUUGCUGCAAUUCACCAAGCAGUGGAGGGCUGGCUAUAUGCGCCGAACGUGAGUUCGCGGCGGCCCUCUCAUGACAGUAUAUGGGAGGUACAUCAUGAUUACUGACAGACUGUACCUCAUCCGCCAGCCGGGAAAUCGCCGGUGGGGCUCCGGGCCCUACGAAUGUCGACCAACUGCACCGCGAGGUGAGCCCCAUAUUUCCUUGUGGACCGAAACGACGUCAUCUGAUGGUCCCCUCGGCUUACCCCUGGCUUCUUUUGCUACAGCUACUCGACGACCUCCUCAAGCAAGAGCAAUACGCCCCUAUCAAAAAAGCAUGGGAUGAAACCGCUUUAAGAACCGUCAACCUCUUCUGGCACAACCUCGAUGGAUGGCGCGACUCGUCCCCCGGUCUCACUUCCCUCGGAUCCUUCGCUGACCGUCGAAUCCUCAAAGGCACCCUCUCCAACGGUUCUGCCCGUCUCUUGAUCGACGUCGCCAAACAUGCUCAAUUGGAUUGGGAUUUCAUCUUCUCCGGCGACUUGUUGAAUUCGUACAAGCCCAACCCGGCGAUGUAUUUGGGGGCAUGUAAAAAGUUGGACUUGGAGCCGGGGAAGGUCGCGAUGGUCGCGGCGCAUAUUCAGGAUUGCCGAGCGGCGAAGAGUUUUGGGUUGAGGACGAUCUACCUACCGAGGGAAACGGAGGAUAAUCAGGCUAUUGAGGACUUUGAGGCGGGUAAGGAGGGGGUCAGAGGGUGGAAGGAGGGGGGUGAGGUCGAUGGAGUUGCGAAGGGGUUGGAUGGGAUUUGUGAUUUGUUGAGAGGAGAGUAG